UCGUCGACACGAUGUUUCAAAUGCUGGAAAAGUAUAGUAAUAAUUUAGAAGAUCUUAUUCGCGAGAGAACAGAACAAUUGGACAUAGAAAAAAAGAAAACUGAGCAACUCUUAAAUAGGAUGCUGCCGAGUUCCGUCGCGGAGAAACUGAAACUCGGUUUAGCCGUUCAGCCUGAAGAGUUUUCCGAAGUGACGAUUUAUUUCAGCGACAUCGUGGGUUUCACCUCAAUAGCCGCCCAUUGCAGUCCGGUGCAAGUUGUGGAUCUACUGAACGACCUUUACACGUGCUUUGAUGCCACCAUUAACGCUUAUAAUGUGUACAAGGUCGAAACAAUAGGAGAUGCAUACAUGGUCGUAGGAGGCUUGCCGACUCGAACUCCGGAUCAUGCUGAGCAAAUUGCUUCGAUGGCACUUGAUCUUUUGCACCAGUCGGGGACUUCAAAAUAA